AAGUAACACAUUCUUUUUUUAAGUCACUCUACCAAAAUUACAUUAAAGUUUAUAGAAAACAAAUAUUCAAGUUAUUUAAAGGCUUUAAAAUGGCUGAAGCUUCUGCUUCCACUGAACCAGUGCGACCAAUAAGGGUGGUGAGCAUGUGUGACGUUCCACACACCCGGUUCACCACUUGGUUGGUCCAACAAAUAUCCAGUGGAAACUACCUUGGUUUGGAAUGGGUUGAAGGCAGCAAUAAAAGAAUAUUUAAAAUACCGUGGACCAAACAAAACUUCCCAAACUGGGCAGAGCACCAUAAGAUUUUUGAGGAUUGGGCAUUACUUAGAGGCAGAUGGAAUACAGUUACUGGACAACCAAACCAGUCUUUCAGUCAAAUGAAAAGCAAUUUUCGAACGAUCUUAAGGAAAUGCGAUUACAUUAAGGAACUCCACCAGUCUCACCAACUUGGUCUUCAAGUUGGAAAUUACAAGGUUUAUAAAUUGCUAACUGAUGAUGAAGCAAAAGAACUGAGAAAAACCAGACCACCCAAAAAGAGAAAACCAUACACAAAGCGAGCUCCCAAAGUUACAAAAGCUAAAGAAGAUAUUACACCUGUUGUUCAAGGUACUUUUCCAAAAAGUACGUUAGACAUGGAUUGCACUUCCAUUUUCACAUCAACAGGACAGUUGCUUCUUCCACCCGCUCCAUCAGCUCCCAUAUCGUCCGUACAUGUUGUCAUGUCAACCGCCACUUUACCUCACAACUCCAAACCCUUUAGAAUCAAAGAAGAAAUCCAGUUGAAGCCAGCGAGCGGUUAUUCUGGGACCUGCGUAAGACAGUUUAAACUGGAACGCAUUGGAGACACAAGUACAGGCCCUUUUCCAUUGGAAAGUAAUCUCAAGACCAGUGAAGAGCAGAGCAGUUUGAUGGAGAAUGUUCAAAUGAAUGUGGAAAUACAUUCAACUGGUGCAGAAAAUCAAAGCAGUUACUUUAAUACAAUGGAUAUUGAAACAAUGGAUGAUGAACUUGCUAUCGAUAAUGAAGUGGAAACUGCAUCUUACUGUGAAGGCAUAGAAACGGGUGACGUAAAUGAUAAAACGAAACAGCCGCAUAAUAAAGAAAUGGAUGGAUUUCAAAUGUUGCUUGAAGCCGCACAAAUGGCAUCAACUGUGGGAGAAAAAUCUGAUAACAGUGAGGAUGAUGCAAACCAAGGGGGUCCAGAAGCUGGAUUACGUCCACAGCAAAUCACAAUUUCUGAUAUACUAAUUGAAUUACAAAUACCACCUGAAGAGUUGUUUACUUACACGAUGAAUGUGAGAUACCAGACCAAGAAUGUGGUGAAAGAUAUGCUGCUUACUGAUAUGAGUUAUGGAUAUAGAGUUCACUAUGGCAACCAUAAAGAACAGGAGAAAAUGCUUCAACAGCACAAGCCGAAAAAAUCAGAAUUGAUUCACGACUUUGAUCACACACCAGUGAGCCUGCCUGAAUCUGAUGUUCCACCUGGCAACUUGCUGUACACCGUGCUUAAACACAUGGAUGCUGGACUUAUCUUAAAAUCUGACAAAUCGCAUUCUCUUCAUUUAAAACGACUCUGCCAGUGCAGGGUGUUUGCCUUCAGCAGUUACGGUGAAACAGAUUCUGAUACAAUCCCUUUGUUAUUAGCUAGGGAAAAAAUGUAUUCCUUGUUCUCAUACAAGAAAUUCAUGACAGAUUGGCACAGAUACCUCAUUGAGGGCUCAACAUGCCCUAACAUUGAAAUCAACCUGGCAUUCGGUAAGACGCCAAAACAACGACACAGUCGAGUUCACGUUGCAAUAUCAUUGAUCCCAAAAGCAGCAGAGACCAUGAUGCAGCGAAUUACAUCAGUGGAUGAAAAAUCGCUGAGUAAUGAAACAAAGUUGGACAAUAUCCUUAGAAUGUUUGAAUCCUACAAUUCAUAAGCUCCCAGUACAAACCAUAACGGUAGUUUUUUCUAGGCGUUCAUGAUUGUUGUAGUGAAGUAUAAAUUCAAUUUGAAGGCAAAUUUUUAUUUGUAAAUAUUGCUCUUAUAUGCUGUGAGGGUUGCAUAAUUCAGUUACACUUUUUGCAUAUAAAUAACACUUUUCGCCUCAAGUAAGAAACUUGGAUACCUUUAAGGAAGGUACAACAGUCUAAUGCUUUAAAUAAGUUAAAGUAAAGUUGUGUUUUUUAAAACUAAAUGCCAUUAACGUGCGGUUUUGUUUUGUUGUGUGUAAUGGAUGUUAAACUUGUUUUGACAACAUCUUAACCAUUUUCAUAAAAUAUGUAUAUUGACAACUUACAAAUAUUGUUCACAUGUAUAAUAUGAAAAUGAAGUGUUUAACCAAUCUGUGUUACACUAUAUGUAAUGUUAUUUACUUCAUGAAUUUGAGAUAAGUAUCUCUGGCUUUAAAAAGAAGCUUAACAUCCUGCUCUGUUAAACUAGCUUUUUUGACAAUCGUUUAAGAAUGAAAAAAGCACCACUUACUUAUUUGUACAAUCUCACCACAGUUACUUAUUUGUACAAUCUCACCACAGUAAUUUUUGCAUUGAAAUGUAUAGACCCGUUUGUUGUAGUGUUAUCAUUCUCCAAUCCGACUCAUUAUAUGGUUAAGCUUGUGACUACUUGUUGUAUUUAUUAUUUGUUCAUUUUGACUAAACUUAUCAAUGUACAAACUGUUUUAGGAGUUCGUGUAAUAUAAAACCUUGUUGGUGUA